AUGCUCAACGAACGCCCACUCAACAUACCCACCACACCCCUCAUUGAUAGGUCUCAGUGCAGAUCUACCCCGCGCGCUCUGACGGUCAAGCCUCCUCCACCUUCAAAACCCAGGUUCAAGAACCAAACGGAAGACGACAUAUCAGUUCAGAGCCUUUCGCAAGCUGGGGAUCAAAGCAUCGAUACUGCGGAUGACCCUUUCCUGAUACCAGCGUUGAAGCCGCGCAAAGCCUCAGAAUCCCCGAAGUCGCAUGUACAAGACUUACCGCCGGAGAUAUUGGAAGGAAUAUUUGGACACGUGGUCGGUCAUCUUGGUUCUACAUCAUCAGAUCCGUCCGGUUCUCAAAACAACGUGCGAAAUUGGAACGCAAUAAUGCGGCAUCCCCGGAGGAAGAACGUGGCAGAUUUGGCUCUGGUAUCAGAUACAUGGAGGAGACUCAUUCAAGAGAGAGUCUACCGACACAUCAAAAUACAGGGCACAAGGGCAGCUCUUGAAGAGUGUGGAGACUGGUUCCUGCAAAAUACUCACCUCCAAGCCUACGUGCGCCACUUCGAAAUCCUAGUUCCAAUAUGGGAGAUGAGAACUGGACAGCCUCAACAACGCCUCAUGGUGGAUCCACAACCGGCCGGGCAAUUCAGUCUGUUCCACGCCUUUCAAGGGCUCGCAAUCAACGCAAAUCGGACGGAAGAUGGCCAACCGGCUCCAACCGCAUUUCAAUUGGCAUCAAAGAACGCUACAAUGGAUGAAGUCUUUGGAUAUGCACAAGUUCUCUUCCCCUACCUCUGCGCUCUCACAAUCGAAGGAGGACACUGCAAGCGGCCUCCAAAGGUGCGCUAUUUCCGCGAAGCAAACGUUAUCAGCGCGCUUCAAAACCUGAAAUCGGGAGUUGCCAUGCCUUCGGGCGUUGGUACGAUUGACUCAAGAAUUGUCACACCAUCAACGCCAACAUUCGUGCAAGAAAAUCUUCAGUUCAAAUUGCCCAUACUUCAUCAACCCCAACCGUUCGCUCCACCGUUUUUGCAAGAAAUCAAUGAACCUCAGCUGCCGCAGCUCUCAAGCACUAAGACUCUCAUCCUCAAGGGUGCUUGGAACAUGGUCCGCUCUUCCGCCGACUUUUCCACCUUUGCAACUGCUCUGCCUUCGCUCCGCGAGUUCCACUGCACUUACCACAAACCCAAAACAGGCGCCUACAGAGCCAUCUGUGACUCUCUCGCCUACGACUUCCCGCCCACCGUCACUAGUCUCAAUCUCUGCCUGGAAGGCCUUUACACCAAGAACGCGUCGUCCCUUAAGAAAUGGCGAAAGCUCUACCCUACUCAUCACAUCUGCCGCAACCUUGGUGCGGUCGCACCCCAGCUCGAGAGCCUCACCUAUACAGGGAGGGUAUGCGGUGCCAUCUUUUCUUCUGCAAUCAAAGCGGCAGAGCAGAUACGCGGCAGCUGCACACGUCUCAAAUCUAUCGAUAUAGUUGUCAACAAUGUGUGUCGUGACCCAACGACUAACACUGACGGGACUGGGAUGUACAACUUUGCAUUCAUACAAGGUUUCGAGGCACUCGUCGUGCAAGGUGUCCGCGCGCUGCAAACGUACACAUCCGUCAAAAGCAUGCGUAUACGCUUCAUCGAUCUGGAUAGUCCAGCACCUCAACUGAAUCCCACAUUUCAUCUCGAGGGCAAUCGAGCGUGGGGUCUAUGGAGCGAGGAGAUCCUCUCGCUGUUAAGAGAAGCGCGGCCAGAGGUGAGGUUUCUGGGAUGGCCGGGAAGAUUGAUAGAUGGAGGGGAAGAGGUACUGGAGAGGGAUGCCACAGGGUUGAGGAGAAGUAUUGGGGUCCAAUAUUACAAGGCUAUGGCGCAGGCGGGGAGUUUCUAA